AUGAAUGGGACUACAGAGAUAGUAUGUACUCUCUUCGAUGUCACUGGAGCCAUAACCAGACCGGAAAUCCGCUUAACCAAGGCGGAGGUGGCUCGACAGUACGGCGUGGAUGGCCGGGAUCUCCGCAGCGUCGAUCUGGUAUCCGAAGGGAUCCCACAUUUUGUGAUUCGACCGUCCACAAUCUUCAUCAGUCUGUUUAGCUUACGACUCCUCAUCCAGUCGGAUCGGGCCCUUCUUGUUCGAGUCAGACCGAGAGACGGUGACCCGCAUGUAUAUUUGCAGGAUAUUUUUGUGGCCGAUCUUCAGAGCAAGCUCCGCGGCGACCAUCAAUCGGGGUUUCCGAUCUCUCUUCCAUAUGAACUGCGUGUGGUCGAGGCUGCCUUAGCAUCGACGACAGCUCAUCUGGAAGCAGAGCAUACCUUGGUUCGCAGAAAUGUUGAACGAAGCAUGCACGCGCUGCAAUCCCAGGACAUCGCGUCCACGGAUCCCCGGAUUUUGUUAGAGAGUGGAAAGAAACUAAUGAACAUUGCUCAGCGCGCUCGGCAGAUGCGUUCCGCCCUCCAGGAGCUACUGAACACGGACGAAGAUCUCGCUGCCAUGUAUUUGACCGAUCGGCGUGCUGGAAAUCACCAUGCCAUUGAGGAUCACCAAGAGGCCGAGUAUCUGCUGGAGGCCUACUAUAAGAACAACGACGCCGUAGAAGAAUCGGCGGUUGCCCUCUUUGCUGAGAUCCGUCGCACCGAGGAUGCAAUCCAGUCCGUCUUGGAUGUGCGACGAAACCAGAUCAUGGUGUUCGAGGCCCAACUGGAGAUCUGUAUGCUGGGAUUUGCAGUCUCAACAUUCGUGGCCGGGCUCUAUGGCAUGAAUGUCGUCAAUUCAUUGGAAGAAAGUCCGUUCGCCUUCGCCGGUCUUGUCUCGGGCUGUGUGAUAGGGACGUUGAUCAUUGCACGCUAUGGGUUGCGGCGGCUUCGAAAGUUCCGCAAGAUUGAGCUUUGA